AUGCUCUGUGGCUACAGACUGAAUCUGUACCUACCUCCUGCCAUGGGAAAUCAACCCAUCAAUAGCACUCUGUCAAGCAUUAACCCUGACACUCCUAGCAAGCGUCAGUUACACCCGCGCUUCAGUUCGGGUCAAGGAGGAAGAAAAAACAAAUGUCAUAAAAAUGCUACGCCCUCCACCGGCCUGACACCGUUCCCUGGGGUGACUGCCUGGGGACAGAACCGAGGGAGUGCCGCGUCUGGGAAGGAGAAGGCGCCCGGGGCACCCGAAGCAGGACAGCAGCCCAAUGUAAUGUCUCCUACAAUGGGAGUAACACCUUCCCCUCGCGCGGAUGGAGGGUGCAGGUUAGGAAUCAGGCGUGAUGCCAGAGAGCGCGGCAGGCAGGGGGCGACCCCGACCCCGGAGCCCGCCGAGGGACGCGGCCAGCUCCCGGGAAGCCUGGCCCCCAGCAGGGAGGCCAAGAAGGGGGCCCCGUCCCUGCUCUCCUCCGGGCCGGCGGGAGGAGCGGCCCUUACCUGCCUCUGGGCACGGGCUGUGGCUGCGGCGCAGCCCGGGAAGGGCCGGAGCGCGGCUCGCCGGCCGGGAACCCGCCGGGCGAAGAGCAAGGAGCAAAGGGCGAGGGGCGCGGACGGCGCACUCGGUCCCCGGUGCCGGCCAAGCGGGCCGGGCUGGACGCAGCGGCUCCAGGCGCCAGUGGCCGAUCCGUCCGUCACGCCGGUGUCCCCUCGGCGCCGCCGCAGAGACAGCGGGAACCGGCCCCGGGAGGAGCCGCAGCCCGAGCGGCUGGGUAAGGAGGCGAAGCAGGGGCGGGGCCACAGGGUCGGCGACCCGCUCACCCGGAAGCAGUUGUGGCCUCAGUGGCGCGCGAUGCGGCAUCUGCUUGAUACCCGCCCGGCGAGGUGCUCCAGGCUCUCCCGCGGUGACCUGCUCGUCGCCCAGGGCGCAGUGCUCCUGCCACCCGGCUCCGCCACUGCGAGCUGCUGCUGGGGCUGCGCCGGAGGGAGCGCUGCGGGGCGCGACCGCCGGUGGGGCGGAGGCCCGGGGCGGCCUAGAGGAGGCUCCUCGGGCCCGCGGUGCCUGCCCAGCGCCUCCGCCCCCAGGACCAAGGCCAGGAAUGUGAACUGAUGCGUGUACCGGUUCAAGGCUGCACCUGUCCUGGUCAUCGCUAAACUUUCUGGCCUAGCAGGCUUGGAAGUAUCUCGCGAGAUCCACCACGUCCAAGGCACUAGACAAACACCAGAAUCCUGCUCUUUGGGAAGCUCACCGGGUAGUGUGGUAGACGGAUUUAAGCAAACAAACAAGGUAAUGACAGAUUGUGUGAGGCUCUGCAAGAAAUACACAAGCGUGAUGAGAGAGAUUACGUCCUCUUUGGCAGCAUGGGAUGGCUAGAGAAGACCACCGAGAGAAAGUGGCAGUUGAGCAGCCUCCUGAGAAAAAGGCACAAAAUACACUUAGACACAACUUUUCAUACACGACUGUAGGUUGCGGAAUCCCCUGAAUAAGCCCACGGAUUCCAUGUGAAGAACCUGUCUCUAAGCCUUCUAAAGGCUGUUUCUGUGCUGCUGCGUUUUCAGGAAGCUUGUUCUCCCUUUAGGGUUCGCGGGGGCACUGGUAGAAGAGGUUCAAGGCAUGAAUUAGGGAGCUUCAGAGAUAGUGAGACAUCAACAGAUGCUGAUCGCAGAGGGAAUUAUACCAUCCGUCUUGAGAGACAGUUUCUUUAACCUUUAACUUUUUUCUUUCCGUGUCACUGUUUUUCUCAGACGCAUGAAUAAAAUGAUUUUUAGCUGGGAUCGAGAGGAGCUGAAUCUUCCCAAAAGAUCAUACUAUGUUAUGAUCUGAAUAAAGGAUUGAUGAUACAUUUUGCUAAAUCAGUUAAAGACAAAAUAAAAAGCCAACUUGGAAGAGAGAUGGCCUAUUCAUGUAAUAAUGCAUUACCUGAAUAACACCAAUAAACUCAAUGAUGUUUAUUAGAUAUUAGUUUUCAUAACUGCACAAUUAAUUGAAGAUUGUUUGGAUAAUAUUAGGAUGAGCUUUCCCUCUUUUUAUUUUACUCUUUAACCACUUAUUUUGGCUUAUACUAAACUAACAGAAAAAUAUUUUGUUGUGUCUUCUGGGAAAAUUGGGAGGGAGCUCACACUGACUGACUACUGUUUGCACAGCAUUGUGCUAGCACGUAACUAUAUUACAGUACUAGAACCAACCUUGAUAUAUGGGGAUUAUUAUACCCAUUUUAGUUACACAGACAUUGAGAUUCAGAGAGAUUGCAACUUGCCUAAGGUAACAAAACUGGUAGCUGGAAGAGCCAAAGUUUGAACUCAGAACUUUCUGGCCCUGAUUCCCCUUUACACCAUGUUUCUGUACUUUAAUAUUUAAGGGGAAAAUAUAAGUGAAGUGUCCAGCCAAGCUAAUUUCUAUUUUACUUUUAGAAUUUUAUUAUGAAAAUGUACUUUAAGGUAGAGUGUAAAGGAGGCAAUUUUGGAAGCUCUCUGUUUUUUUCUUCUCCCGCUAUAGGAUAUUUGCCAUCCAAAAAACUACUUGUUUUAAGAGUUCCUACUGCCAUGUGUCUUUUGAACACUUUCAAGAAUGUUAUAAAGUAUGAUGCUAAACAUUUUGUCAUUGCAAGGGGGUCCUGACUAAAUGGGACACUCUGAAUUAUUUCACAAACAGUGUUUCCCUGCGCGGUAAGUGAUCUUUAUACCAAAAAUACGUGUUCCCUGUUCUUUAUGGAAUAAUUUGACAUGUGAAUGCCCCCAGAUCUGAGUGUGCUGACUGCUCUAGGGACAAAUUAACAGAUGAAGAAAAAGUUUGCAAGUGUUUAUACAGUUUUGAGGAAUGAGGUAGUAGGAUUUGUACAUUUUUGUUCCUUUCAUAUCAGAUCCUUCACAUUUUUCUUUGAUGAUGUCAAAAAACAAAAAUUUUCCUUUCUCAAGAGGAAACAUUUAUUUUUGUGGUUUUCUCAAAAUUAAGUUGUCCUUUGCAAAUACAAUACUAUGUUCACCCUAUACUCAUCUCUGGGAAACAUCGUUAAUUCAAACAUUACAAAGAAGAUGCCACUUUUCAGAGGCUAAUAUUUUUAUUAUUAUAGUAGAGUGUCUGUGUGUGUGUGUGUGUGUGUGUUGGAAGCGUUUUUUAAAUUUUAAUUAACUCCUUACAAACCUAUGGAAACCUGGCAAAGCAACAGUCUUCAACUGUGUAUAUUUGUUUUAAAUACAACAUAUCCUCUUUCCAAAAAUGUCUUCUUAUCUAGACUUACUGUAUUUACUUGCUAUUUACUAUAUUUUCUUGAAAAUAAUUGUAAACUCACAAGAAGUUGCAAAAAUAGUGGCGAGGUCCUGUGUACCCUUCACCCAGCUUCCUCCAUUGGGUACCAUCUUAUUUACAUACCUAUAAUACAUUGUUAAAACUAGGAAAGUGACAUCUGGCUAUCUUCCUUAGGUUUGUGUAGUUUCUUUUUGUUUCAUUAUAUCAAAAAAUUAACCAUUUUGUAACAAUUCAUUUCUAUUGUAUUUGAUUUGGCUCCUCUCCUUUUCCUAAAUUAGCAGAUGACAACAUCAGUAAGCAUGUAUGGUGCUCGUGUGGAAUUACCAGUUUACUAAAAAAUUCUGUGGGUCAACACACUUAAAAAUUACUCUUUUGUAAGAUUUUUGGGUUUUUUUGC